AUGACACAAUCCUCUGUCCCUUACCGUCAGAUCCGCGGACAAUAUAAUGAUGAAGGAAUAAUCGUCUACCAGGCUUACAACGAAGCCAUCGCCAAAGCUGCCGUCGAAAAGCAACGACUCGAUGCCUCGCCGCAAUUCGUCAUGGGAAGAAUGACAUGGAUCAAACCAAGCUGGUGCUGGAUGAUGUAUCGAUCCGGAUAUUCAUACAAAGACAAGAACCAAUCGAACAUCCUCGCCAUAAAACUCACCCACGAAGGCUUCAAAUCGCUGCUGUCGCGGGCCAUUACGGGUCAUGGAAACGGGGGGACGAAAGGCAAGGUACGCGUCCAAUGGGACCCGGAGCGGAAUGUUCGAAUCGAAAGGCUUGAGCAUCGAAGCAUCCAAAUUGGGAUCCCCGGGGAACUGAGAGAGGAAUGGAUUGGCAAAUGGACGAUCAGUAUCGAAGACGCCACGGGGCGAGCCAGAGAAAUGAAGAAAGUCUUGGACGACGAGGAGGAAUGUAGGGUAUCCGAGGAGGAUCUGAUUGCGAAAGGGCUGAUGCCGGUUGAGAAGGCCUACGAGGUUGAGGAUGAAGAACUUGGGGCACUUCUGAGGAUGAUCGAUCCUAAAUCACCACUAGAGCAGGGAGAUUUAAUUAAAUCAAAUUAA